AUGCUGGCUUUAAACGAUGACGUCGACAUAAACUCCUCUGAAACAGAGCGCUAUGCUUCAACUUACGAACUCGAGAGGCUAAAACGGCUCGAAAGGAACCGUAUAUUUUUGCAACAAAUUUGGUCAAAGACGUUCGAGAGCGGCACGGAUCCACUAAAGCAACAAAACGCAGAAGCACGGCAAGCGCUGGGCCCAGUCGAGCUCAGCGCGUCCGUUGAUCAGAAGAAAAACUCGACAUUAUCAAGGGUGAGAAAGCGAGUGCCGGAAAGGGAUCCAAAAUGCACCUCAACUCCGCAGAAACCACUGCGUCGGUCGGAACGCAAACGCUUUCGGGAAGAAGACUGCCCCGUGUCGAAUGGGCCAGUUGAACUCAUUCGUUCCACGGAAGACGGAACAAACAGCGGAAACUCCGAUUCGACGUCCCGAAAUGAGAUCUUGAGCGGUGUCUUCGAUGAGCUAUAUGAGAUCCAGCGCUAUUUCACAGAGGUUGCACCCUUGCCCGCAGAUGCGCCUGAGCCCCUGCGUGUGGAUGGCCACUACCGAGGCUGGGUGAACCCCGAGGUAGCCGCACGCUGGUCCAUUGCCUCGAAUGCGGCAGAGGCCUGGAACUCAAACGGGGGCGGGCGGUUUUCGGUGCGCAACCCGCUCGGAACGACGAAGGGUACGAGCUCGACACGGGUGACACUCAGUGCGAAAGAGAUCGCCCGACGAAGUCUUCAGAAGAACCCUAAUGCCUAUUUUUAUCGCCACAACGAGCCCGGAGAAGAGCAGUGGUUCGGUGACUGGAGUCCCGAGGAGCUCGACAGGUUCAUGGCCGUAGCGCGCCAGUACGGCUGCGGUGACAAAUGGGGUCUGUUUGCAAGCCACAUCCCGCAUCGUGUCGGGUACCAGUGCUCUAGUGCCUACCGGGAACUCAUUCUUCCCAAAGGUCUGAUCUUUGAUCCCAACUACAUGAUGACAAGUUCGGGCAAAGCUGUCUACGUUGGGUCGCAGAGGCGCGCAACUGGAGCAGGGCGCCUCGAGUCGCCGCCGAUGUCAACCGAGGACCGAUCCCAAACUUGA